AUGUUCCUUGGAGGGAAAGUUCACAAUGAGGUUGCAACGAUUCGAUAUAUCCAGGAAAACAUAACACUUAAGCUAUGGUGCGAUGACGUCAAGCCCUCAAAUGUGCUCCUCUAUGAGAAAUUGCAAAUCGUUGGGCUUAUAGACUGGGAGUUUACAUAUGCUGCACCAACCGCGAUUUCUUCUGCACCUCCAUGGUGGUUACUGAUCGAACAACCAGAUUGGCCAUAUUGUAUCGAGGCUUGGAUGAAAGUCCGCGACUAUCGUUUGCAGGCAUUCCUCAAGGUGUUGAUUAAGCAUGAAGACGCUCUUUUACGUUAUGGACAACUGGAAGAGGGCCAAAUUCUCUCUGGGCCAAUGCGGAAAAACCUUGCUUUUGAUGCUAUUUUUUGGCAGAAGCUUGAUCCUCGCUUCUUUGGUUCCGUCGAAUCUCCAGGUGAUGCCUGGCUAAAAGGGUUGAGUUGGCUGCUGAGAAAGAGAAAAAAGUCUAUGGAGUCACUUGUAGAGCAUAAGCUGUAA